GCUACCUCUGGCGCGGCUGCGGCGGCGGCAUGGCGAGCACGGCCUUGGAGAUCAUCGCGUUCACCGUCUCUAUCUCGGGCUGGUUGCUGGUCUCUUCCACGGUGCCCACCGACUACUGGAAGGUGUCCACCAACGACGGCACGGUCAUCACCACCGCCACCUUUUGGGCCAACCUGUGGAAGACAUGCGUUACCGACUCCACGGGCGUCUCCAGCUGCAAGGACUUCCCCUCCAUGCUGGCGCUGGACGGUUAUAUCCAGGCCUGUAGAGGACUUAUGAUUGCCGCUGUCAGCCUGGGCUUUUUUGGUUCCAUAAUUGCCCUGUUUGGAAUGAAGUGUACCAAAGUCGGAGGCUCAGAGAAAGCCAAAGCUAAAAUCGCUUGUUUGGCUGGGGUUGUGUUCAUACUGUCAGGGCUAUGCUCAAUGACCGGCUGUUCCCUGUACGCGAACAAAAUCACAACGGAAUUCUUCGAUCCUCUGUUUGUUGAUCAAAAGUAUGAAUUAGGAGCCGCUCUGUUUAUUGGAUGGUCGGGAGCCUCACUCUGCAUAAUUGGGGGCGUCAUAUUUUGCUUUUCAAUAUCGGACAACAACAAAACACCCAGAAUGGGAUAUGCAUACAACGGGGCCACAUCUGUCAUGUCUUCUCGGACAAAGUAUCGUGGUGAAGGAGAUAUCAAAACCACAAACCCUCCGAAACAGUUUGAUAAAAAUGCUUACGUCUAGAAAGAGCACUGCUGCAAACUGUCUUGAGUUUGUUAUAAAGGUGAACCAUGCACAAAAUGAUCCCUUCAGGGCCCUCCUAUAAUUAACACUCAAACUAUUUUUAAAAUAGGAAUUUGAGGAAUGUGUUGAUUAUAUGGAUGUAAAUGUUCUUACAUAGUUAUAUACUAAUCAUUUUCUGUUGUGGCUUUCUAUAAAAAAAUAAACAGGUUAUUUACAGGAUUUGCAUAUAUCUUAUACGUUUUUAGCAUGUGUAUUUGGUACCCAAGGGGGUCAAGAUGUACUUUGUAAAGCAGUCUUAAUCAUUCCUAUGUUGCAGUCUUUGUCCCCAUUCCUUAUGUUUCUUUCUCCAUAUAUUUAACAGAAAGUGUAUAAGGAGUGGUGUCUGGUAAACAGGAUGGGGACAAUCUGAGACUAUUCCUCAGAGGGUGUUUGGGUUGAUGGACAUGUUCCUGGCUGCGUGUAGUGACUUCUGGUUUCUUACACGUUCUGCGCCACUGUAAUUCAGUGACUGCUCAAGGAAGGGCGAAUGGGUCCAUUACCUGGCUCGUCCGCCUUAAGUAACUGCUUCGGCUCCUCUUAUACAGAAAGCAGAUUCUGGGGCGGAGCGUCAGCAAGAGCUGAGCUAGACACGCUGGUCAUGGCUGACUCUGAAGCCAACAGAGGAAGGCCCGGAGCCCGCGUGGCACCUGCCUCACACGGAACCCACAGGCCAAGUUCUGAUGUCUCUUAGGUCCUGUGUGUGGAACUAACUGGGUCAAGGAGAGACCAUUUUUCAAAUAUGUAAGGUGCUCCAGUGAUUUUUGAACAAAGACAGUGGUUUAUUCCUAGAACCAGCCCUUUCACCAAAUGCCCAGCACUGUUCUGAGCAUUUUCCGUGCCCUGACUCACUUCAUCCUCACAGCUGCCCUCUUAAGUACUGAUAGCAACCUGAAUUGACAGAGGAGGAAAUGAAAGCAGAGUUUCAGUAAAUUGCCACAGUGAGUGACAAAACAGGACUCUGAACUGAGGCAGUAGAGGGUAAAUAUAUAGCUUCAGGCUUUGAAUAAGACUUGGUAUCUGUGUUACCUGUGAGCAAGAAACUUUCCACACCAAUCACAGCAUAGGUGAAAAUAACAUUUUCCUGACGCACGAAAGACUUAAAAGGGAAAAUCACAUUGUUUGGAGGUGCUCAGUGGAAAGAAAAGGAAAUGAACAUGUUUGUUACCAAAAAAAAAUAUGUGUGUGUGUGUGUGUGUGUGUGCACACAACCAUGAUAAUACUUGAAAUAUCUUUUCCAGGGACACAAAUGAACUGAAAGCAAUAAAGGGAAGUUAGGUGCCAAGGCCAGUGUAGGGGCAGGGUUUUAUUCCGCGUGUUUAAAACAAAUUUUAAAAUUUCAGAGAUGUGCUAGUAAAGAUAGUGUUUAGAUUGUACUGAACUGUUAUAGGAUAGUAAGAAGCAAGGGCAGGAGGAAUGGGGAAACUGAGACAAGAAAAUUAAACAAGGCCGGAUAGUUUGGCAGCCGGCAGCCAGCUUGUAAAUAGCAAGCUUUUACCUUCCCCCAACCCCAACCAAGGGUGCUAGAGAGCAGAUGGUUAAUGUCUCUCCAAAGAAUGUAGGAGAGGAAGGGGAAGGGAAGGGGGACUCCUGAUGCACCUGGAGAAUACACAGCUUCAUCCAUCCUGAAACCAACUAAAAGGCAGCAGAGAAGAGGGAGGGGGGAAGGAAGAGUGAAGUCUUAUCCCAUCCCGCUGUUUAAAUAGAGAAGCCAGCAGUCUUAGGAUUUAAUUGCCAGGUGCUUCUCAUACUUUCUUGGAAAGCCAUAACAAAGCAAAAGGAGAGACCUUCAGAGUUAACCUGUACCAAUUCCUAGCAAAGGGAUUUUAGAAUCUAUACACAGAAGGGUAUAUAACCCCUUGAACCCCCACCAGACUCGGAUGUAGUUUAGUCGAUUUGUUUGCCUUGCUUCUUUAAUAAAUUUGCUUACUUUAAUUUUUUAAUAAAUUGGCUUUACCACAA